AUGAUCCAUAAUGUCCGUCAUCUUUCGAGACAACCAGCCCCAGGCUAUUUACCCCGGGGUGAGAAUUGGUUUCAUGAAAUUCCUUUUUUGCCCCACGGAUGGGAAACCACCAAUGACCAUGGCUCCGGGACCCUUAAACAUGCCGCAAUGAAAGCUCUGCUGAAAGACCAGUCGCAACUGAAGCCAGAGCUGUUCGAAAUUGUUCCAUGGCAUCUAGCAAAAUAUCUCUGGGAAUCUCUAGGCAAAUGCAACAAGCAGACACUAUACAUGUGGAAACUGAUGGCGACAAUGUACCCUGCAGAAUUUCCUCAAACCAGUCCCUAUUACUGUCUAGGCACUGGUAGUCCCAGGGAGCCGCUCAAAGCAUAUAUGGGAAUGCUUAACAACAAAGACUUCCGCUGGCGAGCAGUCUUGACACUUGCAUCCACAUAUUGCUCUCUGACAGAUCUUUCGGGAAUCCCAAAUAUCAAGAACCUAGUCGCUCUGGAGAUUUGCUUGUCCCGAGGUAAUCGGAGCCAAAUGGACCAGGAGAAUGUCACUAAAGAGCAAGUCUCUUUGCAAGAUGGAUCCGUGCGUGGUUGGGUCGAAAUGUGGCAGUUCACCAGAGCUCUACAGCAUCUCCGGGUCCUCCGAAUCUACCACCAGCACGGAUUGACCACUGCAGCUUUGAGAUCUCUUUGCGAACUACCAGGGCUCCAGCUUGUGGUUGCGUACGCAUGCGAUAAGAUUACACAAGAGAUCUCAAGCCACCGGAAACCUUCAAACAACAUACUCCCCAUUGAAGGAUGGUCGGCUAGCAGGCUUGACUGGCUACCAAAGGAGAAGGCACUGACAGAUCUAGGGCCACUGCUAGAUGUGUACAAAGCUAGUCUUGGAACAGAUCCAGAUGCGGAUGGGCAACAAAAACAACCCUCGACAUUGGUUACCAAUCUCCCGAUUUUGGAAUUCCAACUUCCAACAGCCAAUCACAACAAUCCGGAGCGGGUGGCACAGCGUGCUAUGUAUAGGCCUAGGUCGAUUGUGUUCUUCACUAGGGACCCUGCCAUGCAGAAACUUGAUCAGGAGAAAAAGCAGCGUGAGAGGGGAAAGAAGCGGUCUGAGCCAGUGGAGGGACCUAAUCCCCGUGCCAGGAAGGCUGUUAUGAAGGAUAGAGGGAGAGAUAUCUCUACGACAUUGAAUGCAUUUUUUUAA